AAUUUAAUGAAAGUUUCCGUAGUCUCUCUCUCUCUCUCUCUCUCUGUGUGAACACAACCAGCCAUCGCCACAGUCGGCGGUCGCGGAUCACGUUCCGCGUCCACAUUCUCGCCGAGAGAAUCGGUGAAUUCGCUUCAUCAUCGAACCGAAACUUUUCCGUUCGGAGGAGGAACAGAGGAGGAGCAGGAAGGCUGUGUUUCGGGAGAGGAGAGAUGGUGGGACCAGCGAGGCCUCAGUUCGUCCUGUUCGGCUCUUCCAUAGUGCAGCUCGGCUACAGCAACGGCGGCUGGGGCGCCAUCCUCUCCGACGUCUACGCUCGUAAGGCUGAUAUAGUGCUGCGAGGAUACUAUGGAUGGAACUCGCGCCGCGCCCUCCAGGUCCUCGAUCAAGUCUUUCCAAAGGAUGCAGCAGUACAGCCUUCCCUGAUAAUAGUUUAUUUUGGUGGUAACGAUUCAAUGGGGCCUCACUCAUCUGGCCUUGGUCCACAUGUACCUCUUCAUGAAUAUGUCGAAAACAUGAGAAAGAUUGGGGAGCAUCUCAAGAGUCUUUCAGAUACCACACGAAUUAUAUUUCUUAGCUGCCCUCCUGUCAACGAAGACAAAGUUCGUCAAACCUCAAGUGAGUAUUUCAGUGAGCUGGUACGCACGAAUGAGUUGUGUCAGAUGUAUUCGGAAGCAUGUUUGGAGCUCUGCAAGGAGAUUGGGGUGCCAGCUGUUGAUCUUUUCAAUGCAAUACAGAGAAGACCUGAUUGGCUCAACACAUGCUUUACGGACGGUGUCCAUUUAGCUGCUGAGGGCAGCAAGGUGGUGGUGGAGGAGAUACUGAAGGUGCUUAAGGAAGCAGAAUGGAAGCCGUCUCUGCAUUGGAAGUCCAUGCCUACCGAAUUCGCAGAGGACUCACCCUAUGAUCUGGUCGCUGCCGAUGGGAAAACAACAUUGAAUCCAUCGGAAUGGACAUUCCACAGGGCAAUCCAGUGGGAUUAGGUCGCUGAACAGUCUCAUGCAUGCUUUGCGCGAUCCAUAUUGGCAGGAGAGAUGGCAUGAGAAGGAGGAAUUGAGAAUGAUCAGUCCAGCAGUUGUUGUAGGGUACUGCACAGAUGAAGUAUGUUCCUUAUUUUUGCAAGAUUAUCUUCUUUCCAAUUAUAAGUCGUCCUGUCGACGUCCUAAGAUGAGAUUCUUUUUUAUCGAUUGACCUGAGGUGAGCGAUUAUACUAUUGUCCAAAUUUUUGGCAAUUGAAAUGUAAUAAGAGGAUUCAUUCUACAUCAGGCUGCUCUUAGGAGGAGACA